AUGUGAUUGGCUGCGCACCAAUACAGAUGUAGAGUCCGGUUUGGAGCAAAAGGUUGUCAAAAACUGGAUAGAGAGAUUCGAGCUUUGUCUAUCGUGGCAGUCCAGUCCACGUUGUUCCAACUCUUGAAAUCACUUCCUGAGGCAUGCGGGGUACCUUCAGAGCUCCCUAGUGUCCACAUAGCGCAUGGGAGGUGGGCUUUCUCUCGUGGCCUACUUCCAUCCAGCACAUUGUCGCGCCGCUACUGUAAGCCUACCGACCGGUUCCAGGCACCCCCAAUCUGACAGCCACUGGGCAUGGCCACUUAGGUGUGGGGAUCUGGGGUGUUUGGUGUCUCCAUACCGUAGUGGGUGCUCUUUCUCUUGCGCAACCCUCAACAUUUCAGCACCCUCUCGGUUCGCUACUGCAUGCCUAUCGAACGGCUCCAGGCACCCCCAAUCUGACAACUACUGGGGAUGACCACUUAGGUGUGAGGAUUUCGUAUGUUGGGUGUCUCAGGGCUCUCCUA